CAGGGGUGGACUGACCAUUUGGAAACUCGGGCACUGCCCAAGGGCCCAGGGUCAGUAGGGGGUCCCAUGAGAUGCCCCUGGUACCUUUUCAUAGGCUUUUUUGAGUUUGGGCAAGGACACAGGGGCCCCAUGAUCCCCUAUUGCCCAGGGGCCCCAUGAGUUGUCAGUCCGCCCCUUCUUGCGACACUGGUCUGAGCACUCUUAAAGGUGAUGACAGAGGUACAAGGCUCAAAGAAGCACGGGUGCCGGUAGCUUGGUAGCAGAUGCCCCUGGUACCUUUUUCAUAGGCUUUUUUGAGUUUGGCCAAGAACACAGGGGCCCCAUGAUCCCCUAUUGCCCGGGGGCCCAAU